AUGGGCAACAAGCAAACCAUUUUCACUCCAGAGCAACUGGAUGCUUAUCAGGACUGCACAUUCUUUACAAGGAAAGAAAUUCUGAGACUGUUUUACAGAUACCGAGAUCUGGCCCCACAGCUCGUUCCACUCGACUACACGGGCAAACCAGACGUGACACUUCCCUACGAACUCAUUGGCAGCAUGCCAGAGCUGAAGGAUAAUCCGUUCCGCCAGCGGAUCGCAGAGGUUUUCUCAGAGGAUGGAGACGGCAACAUGACUCUGGAUGAUUUUCUGGACAUGUUUUCGGUGCUCAGUGAAAUGGCUCCCAGGGACUUGAAAGCUUAUUAUGCUUUUAAGAUUUAUGAUUUUAACAAUGAUGAUUACAUAUGCAAAUCAGAUCUAGAGAAAACUGUUAACAAAUUAACCCGAAAUGAACUUACCCCAGAAGAAGUCAGCCUUGUAUGUGAGAAGGUGAUUUACGAAGCUGAUGCGGACAACGAUGGCAAGCUGUCCUUAGAAGACUUUCAGCAUAUGAUAAUUCGGGCUCCAGAUUUCCUCAGCACAUUUCACAUCCGAAUCUGA